GUCUGUUUCCAAACAUAGUGCUUUGAACUAAGCAUUUCGAUUGGAGAAUUACGUUCAACCUCUUCACUUCCAUAUCAAAAAUUUUCCAAGUUGACGUUGAAUAGAGAUUUAAAGAGACAAUUUGCUUCGUUUCAUUAAUACACUGUUUCGUAUGAAAAAUGACAAUGAAUGUAUAAUCUACGUGAUUUAAACGAAAACAAGGGUGUAUGUUGUAUAAUUAUGUGACCGAAUUGUGAGCAAGCAACAUUAAAAAAAAAUGUUUCAUCACGAAUACGAGAAACGACUAUUGAAAUCAAACAGCGAGAGCCACAUAGAUAAUUUAGCCAGUUCUAGACCUCACCCGUCAGUGUAUUUUUCACCGACUAAAAUAAUGAAUAAUAGUUUCGAUCGAUUUAUACCAACACGAUCUGGUAACAAUUAUCAAACAACAUUUUCAAUGAUAUCGGAAAACAAUCGAAAUGGUAUAGUCACAAAGAAAACUCGUGAGAAUGGUGAAAGUAAUCGUGAUGGCAUUGCUUAUUCAUGUCUAUUAAAAAACGAAUUGCUUGGAGCAAGCAUUGAAGAUGUGAAAGGACAGUGUGAAGAACGAAGAAUAUUAUCGCCGGUAGUGACCAGAAAUCUCUUCAAGUACAUUACACCUACAAAGGAUCAUGCAGUGUCAGACCAAAGUUCACCUUAUUCUUUAUCACCUUUGAGUGCCAAAAGUCAGAAACUUUUAAGAUCUCCCAGGAAAGCGACAAGGAAAAUUUCUAGAAUACCCUUUAAAGUAUUGGAUGCUCCUGAAUUGCAGGACGAUUUUUAUUUAAAUCUUGUUGAUUGGUCCUCUCAGAAUGUUCUCAGUGUUGGCCUAGGUAGCUGUGUAUAUUUAUGGUCUGCGUGUACCAGUCAGGUGACUAGACUGUGUGAUUUAUCCAGUGAUGGCAAUAGUGUAACAUCAGUUGCUUGGAAUGAAAGAGGGAAUCUAGUUGCAGUUGGAACGCAUUUAGGCUAUAUUCAAGUAUGGGAUGUAGCUAUGAGCAAACAAGUAAGCAAAUUACAAGGGCAUAAUGCAAGAGUUGGAGCAUUAGCUUGGAACGGUGAAAUUUUAUCAUCUGGUAGCAGAGAUAGGUUAAUAUUGCAAAGAGAUGUUAGAACUCCUUGUGUUGUAAGUGAAAGACGUUUGGGAGCUCACAGGCAGGAAGUAUGUGGACUAAAAUGGUCUCCCGACAAUCAAUACUUAGCUUCUGGUGGAAAUGACAAUCGUCUUUACGUAUGGAAUUUACAUUCUCUGUCACCUAUUCAAACAUACACCGAACAUUUAGCAGCUGUUAAAGCUAUUGCAUGGUCUCCACAUCAUCAUGGCCUUUUGGCCUCUGGUGGUGGCACAGCUGAUAGAUGCAUCAGAUUUUGGAACACGUUAACUGGCCAACCAAUGCAAUGUGUAGAUACGGGUUCUCAAGUUUGUAAUUUGGCUUGGAGUAAGCAUAGUUCAGAGUUAGUUAGUACACAUGGUUAUUCUCAAAACCAAAUUUUGGUGUGGAAAUAUCCCAGUCUGACUCAAGUUGCAAAAUUAACUGGACAUUCGUACAGAGUUUUGUAUUUAGCAAUGUCACCAGAUGGUGAAGCUAUCGUAACUGGUGCUGGAGAUGAAACCUUGCGUUUUUGGAAUGUGUUCAGCAAAGCACGUAGUCAAAAAGAAAACAAGUCUGUAUUAAAUCUUUUUACUAGUAUUCGAUAAAUUAAUACAAUGGAAUUAUGAUAUUAUGUAUGAUACAUAAUAUAUGUACUAUUCUAGUAUUCUGAAAAAUUAUGAAAUGUAUAACAUUUAUAACUAAUAAUUUACAAAUAUUUAGUUAUGAUUGAAAGCAUAUUUUGAAAUGUAUUAAGAUUAAGUUUAUAUGCACAGCGUAUUGUUCAUUAAUUUUUAUGUGCAAUAAGUUAUUCAUGAAAUCAUGCCCUUAUAAGAAAAAACAAAGAUGAUAUAUAGUUUUUGUGCCCAAUUUUUCAUAUAAAUAUUUUUAUGCCCAAAGCAUUAAA